AUGAUCCAUGCUCGAGUGCUUGCCUUCACUUCUUCCACUCACCGAUACCACCACACACCUACUCUCGCCAUCACCGCCAACAUAACGUCCGAACGCGAUCUGAUUGCAUGCCUCGAGCAAAACCAUAAGCUGAUGAGCGAAAAAGAGCGGCUCGAGAGCGACAUCAAUACACUCAAACAUGAGAUAAUGGACAAGCAGAUGAAGCUCCGCGAUGUGGACGACAGGAUCGCUCGCAAUAGAGAAUCGUUGCUCCUGCGAUGCUCCUCGACUGGCUCAGAUAGCUCACACGCUGGAUUCAUCGCCACACCAGCUAUCUCCGGAACGCCCGUCCCCAGACACAGCGUACCAUACUCGGUAGCUACAGCUCGUCGGCUUCGUGGUCGUCCUGCUGAAGUCAAGGAUGCUGCUGCACUGGAAGAUGCAGCCGGAAGCUCCCAGAUGACGAAGAAGUCGGCUCGCUUGACGAUGCUCACGGAUGAAGCCUCUAGUGUCGUCGAAUUCGAGGAAGGCUGGGCUGAAAUCUCCUGCCAGAUCUGUGGUGCCAAUGCUGGUCGCCAGACCGGCGACGCCUAUCAAGAACAAGCAGACGUACGAUACAAUGACUCUCAUGUCGGCAAGAUCGAGCCUCCAGUGCUGAAGAAGGAAGCGCCCGACAACGAUACCGGGUUCACGGUCGCCUCGCGCUGCUCAUGCCCGGCUGGGAUGGAAAAUGUCUCGACACCAUCAUAUCCUAGCAUCGAGAAACGCCAAACCAGAGGCCUUGCUCUUCCACGAACACGAUCGCCGCUGGAAGAGGUCAAGAGCGGACUCAUACUGCCAACCGUCAACAGACCUGAGCCAGCUAUGAUACAGGCUGUAACACAGCGUAAGCGGAAGCGUACUCCGUGGAACGAGUUCGAUCCAAACGCAUUGGCGAAUAAGGCAUCCCGGAUCAAACGCACGCCCGACACACUGAAGGUGCAGGGCUCGCUGGAAGAUGACGAUGAUCUCUUCGAGCUCGACUAUCCAGUCCGAGAACUACCCCUCUUCAAAGUUACCAACCACAAAACCGGCAAAGCGAAGAUCGCUGAGAAGCAAGAGCCAGCCAACUGGGAGAGUACGAAGACGCUCAUCGGCAACCCAGAAGACCCUGAGAACUACCACAGCUCGACGAAGAGCAAGAACGAGCCACCUGUGAGAGAGUUCGAGAUUCCAACGAAGCCGAUCGUCGCAGACCCAUCUGAAGAAUACGAUACCAGCCAGCUUUGA